UGUACGUGACGACUGAAAGAGGGGGAAACACCGCGGUGCAGGACAGUUGAGAAGCGCAGAGAGGAGAGGAGCUGUGCGGGAGAGAGACGGGUGCACAUCCGUCAGACUAGCCGGAGGAAAGCGCACCAACAAACCCCCUAUGGCUGCUUGAGAAAUACCGCUACACCCCCCCUCCCCCUUUUUUCUCUUUCUCUGGGACUUUUGGCUUUUAGUUUUUUUUUUAUCCUGACCAGAAGUUUCUUUAGACAGGUCUUAUUAGUUGCUCCAAGUUGAAGAAGUGAAUCCACUUGCCGUGGACGUCUCUGGCGGUCAUGGAUACCCUUAUAAGAUGGAAAGUUAAACGGAGGAUAAGGGACGCCCAAAUCACUUUAGCGGUGAUUCUGCUUUUUGUCACAUCGCAAGCAAGUUCAGCGGAACCAUCAGACCUCUUGAAGAUUUUAGAUUUUCACAGUUUACCCGAGGGUGUUACAAAAACGACGGGUUUGUGCUCACAUAGGCGGUCAACACAAGGACCCGAUGUGGCUUACAGAGUAUCCAAAGACGCCCAGCUCAGCGCCCCCACCAAACAGCUGUAUCCAGGUGAUGUGUUCCCGGAGGACUUUUCCAUCAUGGCUACAGUGAAGCCGAAGAAGGGAAGCCAGUCCUUCCUCAUGUCUGUGUACAAUGAACAGGGAAUCCAGCAGCUAGGACUUGAGGUGGGCCGAUCUCCUGUGUUCCUGUACGAGGACCACUUGGGGAAACCCAGCCCUGAGGACUACCCACUUUUCAGAGGAGUCAAUCUAGCUGACGGAAAAUGGCAUCGAGUGGCCAUCAGUGUGCACAAGCAGACCAUCACCCUCAUUCUGGACUGUAAAAAGAAGACCACCCAGAAGCUGCUCCGAAGCCCAAACCCCAUCAUCGAUACCAAGGGAAUUAUAGUGUUUGGAACAAGGAUACUUGAUGAAGAAGUCUUUGAGGGAGACAUCCAGCAGCUAAUGAUUGUAGCAGACCAUCGUGCUGCCUAUGACUACUGUGAGCAUUACAGCCCUGACUGUGAAGUACCAUCGCCCGAACAGCCACAGAACCAGGACCCCAACACCGAUGAAUAUAACAACAGGGAGGACAACUACUAUUAUGAAUAUCCCUACUAUGAUGAUGCAGAUGGCAAGGCUUAUGAUUCGACAACUGAUACAGAGACAACCACAAAAGAAGUCAAGGAGACAGAUGGAGACAGUGUGGCGACCGCAGUCGAGGAGAUCCUGAGGGGUACUGGUGGCACUGGCGGCAAAGUGUUGACUUCCAUCUCCUCCAGCUCAUCCCCCGGCUCUUCCAGCAGCUCGUCGUCAAGCUCUGCAGGUGCGGCAACGGGUGCAGAAGAUGCCUACGGAGAGGAGGCCGGCCGUUAUGACAGCUACGAUGGCUACUACGAGAACUACUAUGACCAGUCCACGGCCUCGCCAGAUGGGGACACCUCCAGACGUGUCACCAUCACCAGCACCAGUGUCGGCACCGGGGGUGAGCUGGAUCUGGGAGCAGGCGGGAAGAUCGAGUUGGAAGCAGGGGCAGGUAUCAACAGGGUCCUUUCCAGCGGAGGAGGAACUUCAAUUACCAUGACCAGCAAUAAGACAUCAGUCGAGGGAGCCUACGAUGACUACAAUGAUGGAUACGAUUAUGGCGUGGAAACUGUAAGCGUUGAUGGAGGUGAUGGUAGCAGCAGCAGCAACACAGUCCACCUUGGUGGAGGUGGCGGCAGCAGUUCCGUCCACAUUGGGGGUGGAGGAGGCAGCAGCAGCAGCAGUUCCGUCCACAUUGGGGGUGGAGGAGGCAGCAGCAGCAGCAGUUCUACCAUCACCACUGGCGGCGGAGGCGGUUCUGUAAGCGCUGGUUCAGUUUCUAGGGGAGGAUCUUCUUCUGCUGGAGGUGGAUCUGCCAGCGCCGGUACCGGAGCAGGAGGCUCUAUUGCCACUGGAACCAACCUGGGUGUUGAAGGCGAGGGCGAAUACACCGAUCUGGAUGGGUUCAAGGAGGAUAGCAUCGACGACUAUACCGACUUAGACAUCGAUUACAACUACGGGGAUCUGGACUACAACGGCAAAGAGGACAAAGUGCUGCCUGCUGCGACUGAUGAGUAUUAUGGACAGGUCGACGGCGCUCGCGGCGAGAAGGGACAGAAGGGAGAGCCUGCUGUUAUUGAGCCUGGAAUGCUGGUGGAGGGUCCGCCUGGGUCUGAGGGGCCAACAGGUCUCCCAGGACCCCCGGGUUCUUCUGGCCCACCAGGCAGUUCUGGAGAUACAGGAGAGAGGGGUCCACCGGGUCGUUCUGGUCUUCCUGGUGCUGAUGGUCUUCCAGGACCCCCUGGAACUGUCCUGAUGCUGCCUUUCAGGUUCAGCUCUGGAGGCGACUCAGGACAAAAGGGACCUCAAGUAUCAGCACAGGAGUCUCAGAUGCAAGCCAUCAUGCAGCAGGCCAGGCUGGCUAUGCGUGGCCCCACAGGUCCGAUGGGACUGACAGGCAGAUCCGGCCCUCUGGGUCCUCCUGGUGUGGCAGGGCUGAAGGGAGAGUCUGGAGAGUCCGGUCCUCAGGGACCACGUGGACCUUUGGGACCCACAGGACCCUCUGGAAAGCCUGGCAGAAGGGGUCGUUCUGGAUCUGAUGGUGCCAGGGGCAUGCCAGGACAGUCUGGCCCUAAGGGAGACCGAGGGUUUGAUGGUCUGGCUGGACUUCCUGGUGAAAAAGGACACAGAGGUGAAUCUGGACCAACUGGACCUCCUGGUGCUCCUGGAGAGGAUGGAGAGAGGGGAGAUGAUGGAGAGAUCGGACCCAGGGGACUUCCUGGUGAACCAGGGCCCCGCGGUUUGCUGGGACCAAAAGGACCUCAGGGACCUCCCGGACCCCCUGGCGUCACAGGAAUGGACGGCCACCCUGGACCCAAAGGAAACAUAGGACCUCAAGGUGAGCCAGGACCUCCAGGACAGCAAGGCAACCCAGGUGCUCAGGGACUUGCAGGGCCCCAAGGAGCCAUCGGACCUCCAGGAGAGAAGGGUCCCACUGGAAAACCAGGCUUGCCAGGAAUGCCAGGAGCCGAUGGACCACCGGGUCACCCUGGAAAGGAGGGACCUCCUGGAGAGAAAGGACACUUGGGACCUGCCGGCCCUCAAGGACCCAUUGGUUAUCCUGGACCCCGGGGCGUGAAGGGAGCCGACGGUGUACGUGGUCUCCAAGGACACAAGGGUGAAAAGGGAGAAGAUGGCUUCCCAGGCUUCAAGGGAGAUAUGGGCAUCAAGGGCGACAGGGGAGAGCUUGGAUCAGCUGGACCCAGAGGUGAAGAUGGCCCAGAGGGACCAAAGGGUCGCUCAGGUCUUCCAGGAGAUUCUGGUCCUCUUGGGCCAAGUGGUGAGAAGGGCAAACUUGGUGUUCCCGGAUUGCCAGGAUACCCAGGAAGACAAGGACCAAAGGGAUCUCAGGGUUUCCAAGGUUUCCCUGGCGCCAACGGAGAGAAGGGAACUCGGGGAACAGCGGGAAAGCCUGGCCCACGCGGACAGAGAGGACCAACUGGCCCAAGAGGAGAGAGAGGACCAAGAGGACCAACAGGGAAAGCCGGACCUAAGGGUAACUCAGGAAAUGACGGCCCACCUGGACCUCCUGGUGAGAGGGGUCUUCCAGGGCCUCAGGGACCAACAGGUUUCCCAGGACCAAAAGGCCCUCCUGGCCCUGCAGGGAAAGACGGACUGCCUGGACACCCUGGACAGAGAGGAGAGACUGGUUUCCAAGGAAAGACUGGACCACCUGGCCCUCCUGGUGUUGUUGGACCUCAGGGACCAACAGGUGAGACUGGACCAAUGGGAGAUCGAGGCCACCCUGGACCCCCAGGCCCACCUGGAGAGCAGGGUCUACCUGGAGCUGCAGGGAAAGAAGGAGCUAAGGGUGACCCCGGUCCCGCUGGCCCAGCAGGUAAAGAUGGUCCACCUGGGCCAAGAGGUUUCCCUGGUGAGAGAGGACUGCCUGGCCCUGUGGGGGCUCACGGUCUGAAAGGGAAUGAGGGUCCUCACGGCCCACCUGGUCCUGCUGGUUCUCCUGGUGAACGUGGUCCUGCUGGCCCAGCCGGGCCCACAGGUCUCCCUGGUCGCCCUGGCCCUCAGGGACCCCCAGGUCCUGCUGGAGAGAAAGGUGGACCGGGAGAGAAAGGACCCCAAGGCCCAGCUGGUAGAGACGGUAUUCAGGGACCUGUGGGUCUGCCAGGACCUGGAGGACCUCCUGGACCACCUGGAGAGGACGGUGACAAGGGAGAGCUUGGAGAGCCAGGACAGAAAGGAGGCAAGGGUGACAAAGGAGAGCAUGGUCCACCUGGUCCCACUGGUCCUCAAGGCCCCGUUGGAGCACCUGGUCCUGCUGGUGCAGAUGGUGAGCCUGGUCCCAGAGGGCAGCAGGGUCUGUUUGGCCAGAAGGGAGAUGAAGGAUCUAGAGGAUUCCCUGGACCCCCAGGCCCAGUUGGGCUGCAGGGUUUGCCUGGACCUCCUGGUGAGAAAGGUGAAACUGGAGAUGUCGGUCAAAUGGGUCCACCUGGUCCCCCUGGCCCUAGAGGACCCUCAGGACCCCCAGGAGCUGAUGGCUCUCAGGGACCUCCUGGUGGUAUUGGAAACCCAGGUGCUGUUGGAGAAAAGGGAGACGCUGGUGAAACAGGAGAACCAGGUCUUCAGGGAGAAGUUGGCCCACCAGGGUCAAGAGGAGAGCGAGGAGAAAAGGGAGAAGCCGGCCCUGCUGGUUCAGCUGGACCUCCCGGCCCUAAGGGUCCCGCUGGAGAUGACGGUCCCAAAGGCAGCCCUGGCCCAAGUGGUUUCCCAGGUGACCCUGGUCCCCCUGGAGAGCCCGGUCCAGCUGGGUUAGACGGUCCAGCUGGUGAUAAGGGAGAUGAUGGAGAGGCUGGUCAAGCUGGUUCCCCUGGACCCACUGGAGAGUCUGGUCCCUCUGGACCACCAGGAAAGAGAGGCCCCCAUGGAGUAGCAGGACCUGAGGGAAGACAAGGAGAGAAGGGAGCCAAGGGAGAGUCUGGCUUGGAAGGUUCCCAAGGAAAGACCGGUCCUGUUGGCCCUCAGGGAUCACCUGGCAAGCCCGGUUCUGAAGGUCUCAGGGGUAUCCCCGGCCCAGUUGGAGAGCAAGGUCUGCCAGGUCCUUCAGGCCCUGAUGGACCUCCUGGACCCAUGGGUCCUCCUGGUUUACCUGGUUUGAAAGGAGACUCUGGUGUCAAAGGAGAAAAGGGACAUCCAGGUCUUAUUGGUCUAAUCGGACCCCCAGGUGAACAGGGAGAAAAGGGUGACAGAGGUCUUCCUGGUCCUCCCGGAUCACAUGGUUCCAAGGGUGACAAUGGUAUUGCUGGUCCUACAGGUCCUCUUGGUCCCCUCGGUCCUCCUGGAUUGCCCGGUCCUCCUGGUCCCAAAGGAGCUAAAGGAUCAUCGGGUCAAACUGGACCAAAGGGAGAGACUGGUACAACUGGACCUCCAGGACCUCCAGGCCCUCCCGGAGAUGUGAUCCACCCGCUCCCCAUCCAGUCUUCCAUGAAGGGCAGAAAUCGAAGAAAUAUCGAUGCCAGCCAGAUGAUGGACGAAGCAGCCGUCGAUGCCAACUACAAGGACUAUGACGACGGCAUGGAGGAAAUCUUUGGCUCUCUAAACUCCUUGAAGCUUGAGAUCGAGCAGAUGAAGCACCCCCUGGGAACACAGGCCAACCCGGCUCGUACCUGCAAGGACCUGCAACUCUGCCACGCUGAUUUCCCUGAUGGUGAGUACUGGAUCGAUCCAAACCAGGGCUGCUCUCGGGACUCCUUCAAGGUUUACUGCAACUUCACAGCAGGUGGAGAGAGCUGCAUCUACCCAGACAAGAAGUCUGAAGGGAGCAAAAUGGCAAAAUGGCCGAAAGACUCGCCAGGCACAUGGUAUAGUCACUACAAGAGAGGUUCACUGCUCUCCUACGUGGAUGCGGAAGGAAACCCCAUCGGCGUUGUCCAGAUGACCUUCUUGCGGUUGCUGAGCGCGGCAGCCAGACAGAACAUGACCUACAACUGCUACCAGUCGGUGGCGUGGCACGACCAGGAGCAGGACAACUACGACAAGGCCAUCCGCUUCCUGGGCUCCAACGAUGAGGAGAUGUCUUAUGAUAACAACCCCUACAUCCGCACCCUGGUCGACGGCUGUGCGUUGAAAAAGGGCUAUGAAAAGACAGUACUUGAGAUCAACACACCAAAGGUGGAGCAGGUGCCAUUUGUGGACAUCAUGUUCAACGACUUUGGCGGCUCCACGCAGAAGUUCGGGUUCGAAGUGGGCCCUGUCUGCUUCAUGGGCUAAAGACUGUUUACUGUGCAAAUGGAGAAAAAAAUUAAAGCAUAUAUUUGUUUUCUCAGAAAAAAAAAUAAAACAAAGUGAAAAAAGAAUAGGACAUUUGUAAAAAAUAAAAAGAGUUACUUUUUUCCAUAAAGCAACAAGUAUGAGUAAAUUGAAAUCAAGUUGAGAAUACAGAGAAAUUUUUAUAGGAGUAGAGGAAAAAUAACCUUGGAACCUCAGUGUGCCUUCUCCAUCACAUGCAAGUUUUGAAACUGGAUGUCAGAUCCUGCCUCUUACACAACUCCAACGCACGCACAGAUCUGUAAGCCCCCCAUGUCAUCACUUGAUUAAGGUUGGUGUUUUUUACCCAAUCAACGAAGGCGACCCUGAGAGCUGCAGCCGUACCAGACGCUCGCAGCAUGUGCCAUGGACUCCAUCUGAUUUGGCUUUUUUUUUUUCUUUUGACUUUUCAUCUCCCUGGCUUCUUCCACUUUUCUUUUUGUCGCUUUGUUUGCUCAUUCACUACGGGAGCUUUGUUUGUGCAUAAUUGUCCUCCCCAUUCUCUUGGAAUGGAUCUUAUAUAUAUAUAAAUAUAUAUAAAUAAUUUUUAUGUUUGUAAGUACAUUCUGUAUAUUUUUUCCUGGUAAUGUUUAUUGCUUUUCUGGCUUCAAAACAUGCAUGUGACAUGUCAAUUGUGAGGUAGGAGAUGAUGGAAACGGGGAUGACAUAAAAAAAUAAUAAAAACAAAAGAAUUCAACGGAAAGUGAGGAAAUUCGACUUGUAAAUUAGAAAAAAACAAACGAUUGGGGAGUCUUGUCUUGUUGCAGUUGUGGAGCACACUUUGUUGUAAUUUAAGAGCAGAAUGGAAAUAAAAGAUGGAAACAAGCUCUGUGAUAUUAUGUGACAGUUUGAUUUGCAUAAGAAAAAUACUACAUUCCUCCUUUUAUACCCUCUGAACAGAACACCUACUUUGGUGGCAAUAUCAUUAACUUAAUUAAAAGCGUCUUUUCUUAAUCCCCCCUCCAAUACUCAUCUAUCUGACUAUGCAAUGAGAGAUGAUGUCACAUUUGAAUGGCAAACACAAAGAAAUCAAAAAACUAGGUGCUAUAUUCUCACUUCGGUGGUGCUAUGUAUUUUUCUACAUGUUGUAUGAAUGAAAAUAUUUUUUUGGUGAUAAUAUUCCAUCACCAGAAGCCCCCCCACCCCCUCCCACCCUGCCUUUUUGACUCUUUCAACCACCAUGCUUGGACACAGUUGGAUCUUUGCUGCAUCCAUUCUGUUUUUGUUUGAUUUCAUGUUCAGCGGUUUGCAUGCCAUUUCUCUACAUAUCCCAUCAGUUCAGCAUGGUGGCGUUUGUUAUCUCCUGCUUCAGCGGACCGCACAGAAAGUAAACUUGUUACAAAAUGUUGGAAUAACGACAGGAAAAUCAGAUGUUGGCUUUUGCAUAUCAAUGUGCUAAAACGUUGAAUUUUUUACUCUCACUGUUGCAUCAUCUGUGCCACAACAAAAGUGAUGGAGUUGAGAAGGGGACAUGUUGUGAUUGGGCCAAAGGGUUAUGGUCCAAUCAUGUUUUUGGUAUUGAAGCCCUCCACCAAAGGUUUUAUAUUUUAGCUUUAUGGGCCUCGAUGGCUUGAAAUCAACAUUUUUGUAUGGGAAACAACUUGAAAUUAUAUUUUUUGAUUUAAACGCAGUAUAGUUGCAGGCCACUAAAUUAGGCAGACUAAAGAGUUAGCUCAUGCAGUAUCAAAAAAAUCGCUAUUUUUUUGCCCUUAUUGUAAUUAUGCUCUUUGUUCAAACUAUGCACUCUCUAUGCUUAUGACCACUAGUAUCUACCACAAGAAUUUUAAAGCUUUUCAUACAAAGGUUUUUUUUUUUAUUUCCUUUUUUUUCAAUCUUCAAUAUGUGACUUGAACCAUUUCUGUUAAGGUAACUCAAUAUGCUUGUAGAUCUUUGGCUUUAUUUUUCAUUGUGAUGCAGUACACCCAAAUUUCAAGAAAAGGACAUUUUUUUGUAAAUUUCCAGAACCAGCAGUGAUGCUGCCAUUGUUUUUUUUUUUUUGUAGAUUACAAUUUGUCUGUCUGUUUUGUUUGUUUUCACAGUCUUGUCAAACCUGUGUAAGGAUAAGAAGAUAGAAGUUAUAUUGGUUUUUAUGUCAAUAAAUUUGAGUUUACUGUGGCCAUCCACUCUUGUAUGUCUUUUGAAGCAUUAAAACCUAUCUGUAUGCAUGAAAUUGUAAAGUUUUUUUCUCUUGUUAUAACUAAUUUGUAGAGUUAAAGGAUCUCCAACUCACCUUUUCUUUCAUCGGGAGUUCUUCAAUGGUCAUGUCCGCUGUUGUGAAGUGGAGAGAAAAGUGAUGAACUUGUAACUCUACCAAAGCCAAUGUUCGUUUGUAGUAUAUUUAUUGUAUUAUUUAAAAUAAAAAAUAAACGUUAAAUGACACCAUA